AUGCCCCGCAAAGACGCCUACACAGGCCCUAUCUCAGCGCAACAGCAACAAGACCUCGUUUCAGAGGGGAUUGAGAACUUUGAGCUGCCAAAGAAUGUCGUGUUGAAGAUUGCAAAGUCUGCUAUACCGGAAAGCGCAAAGCUUCAAAAAGAUACCGUGCUUUCGUUAGUAAAGGGGUCGACGGUGUUUAUCAAUUAUCUUGCUGCUACAGCACACGACGUCGCCCACUCAAAGCAACAUAAAUCCAUCUCAGCCUCUGACGUCCUCAAAGCGCUGGAACUCAUCGAGUUUGGAGAUUUGGUCGAUAAGCUGCAGGGUGAACUGACAGUCUACCGCGAGCAAGCAAAAACAAAAAAAGGAGCGUCCGGAUCCACGACCACCAUCACCAUUCCAUCUAUCUCCGCAUCUGCCUCUGCCUCUUCCGGUCCUACUACCAAUGCCAAAAAACCAACAACAACAACAACCUCAAUUAUAAGCUCAAUAUCCACAGCAGGAAAAGCUUCUACAAAAGGGAAAGAAAAGGCUGGUACGAUUGGGUUACCUCCCCCGUUCACGAACGUCCCGCUUGGUAGUGGUCCGUCUGCCUCGUUUGCCGGUGCAGAGUCUUCGAUAUUGGGGAUGGGGGUGCCGAUGAAUGUGGAUGAUGAUGAAGGUGGUGUUGUGGGCGUGGGAGGGGAGGUGGUGGAUGAGGAGGUGGUGGAUGAAGAGGGUGAGGAAGGGGUUGACGAGGAAAUUGUGGAUGACGAUGAGGACGAGGAUGAAGGGGAGGGAGAGUUGGAGGACCGGAUGGCGGUGGAGGAGCAGGAGGUGUUGAAGGAUUCGAGGGGGCUGGAUGAUCACUCAAUUGUUGCAGAUCAUGAUAUUUGA